ACAACUGCUAGCUAGCUUCCUGAACGCUAUAUAAACCCCAUCGUUGUUAUCCCUUUUCUUCACGAAGCACAAUCGCCACGAAAAUGACAAUCAUCAAAAGCUUCCUUAUCUGCUCUCUCCUUCUGGCUCUUGCCUUCUCUUUCACCCACGCCGCCAGGUUUGAUGUCACCAACAAAUGCUCCUACACUGUGUGGGCGGCAGCCGUGCCCGGCGGUGGAAGACAGUUGAACUCCGGCCAGACUUGGAGCUUUGACGUGGCAGCCGGCACCACCGGGGCUCGCAUAUGGGCACGAACCAACUGCAACUUUGACGGAUCGGGUCGUGGACACUGCGAGACAGGUGAUUGUGGAGGCUUGCUCCAAUGCCAAGCCUAUGGAUCACCCCCAGACACGCUUGCAGAAUUUGCCCUUAACCAAUACAAUAAUAUGGACUUCUAUGAUAUUUCAUUGGUGGACGGUUUCAAUGUUCCCAUGGAGUUCAGUCCGACAUCUAACGGGUGCACACGUGCCAUCCGGUGCACCGCCGACAUCAUCGGACAGUGCCCUAGCCAGUUGAAAACUCAAGGUGGCUGUAACAAUCCCUGCACUGUGUUUAAGACGGAUCAGUACUGUUGCAACUCAGGAAGCUGUGAAUCCACCGAUUAUUCUAAGUUCUUUAAGGAUAGGUGCCCUGAUGCUUAUAGUUACCCUAAGGAUGAUGCUACCAGCACCUUCACUUGUCCUGGAGGAACCAACUACGAGGUUGUUUUUUGCCCUUAAAUUAGAUUUCUUAUUCUUAGCUACCUCCAAAUAAAGGACUUUGUAACGAGACGAUGUUGUCUUUACUGGAAUCAUAAUAAAUUCUCAACCUAUAUAUAUAUAUAUAUAUAUAACUGCA